UCAAUUUGUCAUUGCUUCGACAAAGAAGCGAACGAGUGGCCUCUGCACAAGUCGGGAGAGUUUACGGAAUGUGAGGUACGACUUUCGAGGAACAGUGAAUCAAACGCUUUGCAAGGUUCCAUGUGCGCGACUUGAGUCCUAGCUGCGAAAGAGCUCCUCCAGUCGAUGGCAGUAGUCCCAUCGCCUGCCCUGCACUUUGUGAGCUACCAGCGGUUUGGUCGUUCGAGUAAUUGUGUAAUUCUAGCCUCGGUGUCUUUCGACGUGGUGGUCACUGAGAAUCGUGCACGGGAAAUAGGAACGCGAAGAAAACUGAACUAGUGUGGAAAUUUUGGAUAAAUGCAAUUUGUGUUGUAACUACUUUGCAAGGGAAAAUUCACAAAGGGAACUGGGAGAAUCCAUUGAUUUUCCGGAAUACACGGCGGCGAAGUCCCACUCUUGACGAAUUCCCCUACCGGAGUUGUAUAGUCGCUGAAGUAGGCUCGUGUGUGACGAAGACAACAUACGCGGAAGUGUCGCAUGUAAGAACGGAUGGAGUAAGCCGUCGUUUGGUGCCGUUCGGAUGUCAGAAACUAGAAUCGAACUACGGAGAGUAGAAUAGCUGGUUUUACUACGAGUGGGAGAAAAGGACGACAAUAGAAUCGGACGGACGUCGCGGCGAAAAAUGUACGGCGAGUUGUAAAGAUGGUGGACGACAUGUCAUGAAUUCGACAGCGACGACAACGGCGGUGGACUGUGAAAAAGAGAUUUUAGAAAAGUCGCAGAAAUUGACGGGAGUUUAUCGUGAAAAAAACGGAGAUUUGGAGAGACUGCGGUGUGCAAUUUCUAUAUAGCGAAAACCUCGAUGGAGCUUGAAGAAAUAGCAGUGAAAUUUUGAGUUGAAAAGUGGCAUUUUGCAUUGCAUCCAGCUUGGCGAGUACUCGGAAAGAUCUUGACUACUGCGGGUGAAAAGUGGCGAUAGUUUUUACUUGGAAUUUGCGUUUUUAUUUGACUGUGGCCGCUUGGGUUUGUUCGAUGUUUUUCGGAUUGCCUGGCUGUCAGAGAAAUUGUGGGAAGUGAAAAGCCGCUCGAACGGACCGGAAAGUAGGGAGUGCGGGUGCUCCGCGCGUGAGCUACGUAAAAGAGUGAAUUAUUAGUUGUGAGGAGGUGAAAACGAUGGAUGAUAAUUGCACUGGAUCGGUCGGAAAUCUGACGAACCAAAAUCAAAACCUAAACCAAAUGGGCACGAAUUCGGCAUCGGCAACGGGCAUGAACAUAAAGGCAGCUGGUGGAGGUGGAGUCGGGAGCGGCGGCGGGUCGGGCGGAGAGGACACAAACGGCGGGGGUGGAAGCGGAGUAAUCGGUGGCGUUGGGAAUAACAGCGGAGGCACUGGAGCCCCAGCCGGAAUGAACAACCAACAAAACAGUGCACCACAAUACACAAUUCCUGGCAUUUUGCACUUCAUCCAGCACGAGUGGUCACGGUUCGAGUUGGAACGGUCACAGUGGGACGUUGAUCGGGCAGAGUUGCAGGCACGAAUUGCGAUGCUACUAGGUGAACGGAAAGGCCAAGAAAGUCUUAAAUCGGACUUGAUCCGUCGUAUUAAAAUGUUAGAAUAUGCACUAAAACAGGAGCGAGUGAAAUUCCAUCGCCUGAAAUAUGGUUGUGAUCCUCCUCAAUUGAAUGAAAUUAAACCACCGGCUGACGAGCCAGGCAUUGGAAGCGAAGUUGCUCCGGACUCUGAAGUACCUUACAGCUCAGUAUCAAAUACAACAUGGAGACAAGGUCGACAAAUGUUACGUCAAUAUCUACAAGAAAUUGGCUAUACUGACACAAUUAUCGAUGUUCGAUCGAAUCGAGUCCGGUCGCUUUUAGGAAUGAAUAAUAACGCAGAACAGGAAGAAAAUGUUAGUCCAAAUAUAAAUGGUAGCGAAAAUAAUAAACGAGCCAGUGAAUCACAAGGACGACGGACACCUGCAAAAAAAUCACAACCCAUGAACGAUGCCAUGAUCUUAGACACAGAAGCUGCUGUAAUGGCAAAUUUUGCAUUUCUAGCACAAACAGACGUUGAAAUGUCUGAUGAUGAUGAUAUUUCAGAAGAUCUCGAUAUGGUUACUGGAGAGAACGAGGAUUCAGAUGUAAAAACAACCAAACGCAGUAAAGGCAAAAACAUCAUUAUGGGUGAAGAUGUAGACGCAGAAGCGAAAGAAGUUCUGAAUGAAUUAAAUCUUCUCACGGAAGGUCGAUAUGAAGUUUCAGAAGAAGAAGUAGAUGCGUCUUUAGGUCUAGGAGAAUUAGCCCAAUUGACCGUAAAUAACGAGGCAGAAACUGCAUAUGACGUAUCAAAUACGAAAGAAUCGGCAUAUCGAAAAACAUGGAAUGCAAAGUAUACCCUUCGAUCACAUUUUGAUGGAGUUCGUGCAUUAGCUUUUCACCCUGAGGAGCCUGUACUCAUCACGGCAUCAGAAGAUCAUACACUGAAAUUAUGGAAUCUACAAAAAACCGUACCCGCGAAAAAGUCGGCUAGUCUAGAUGUUGAACCACUUUAUACGUUCCGGGCACACUCGGGCCCUGUGUUAAGUUUGGCCAUGUCAACGGGUGGUGAAACAUGUUUCUCGGGUGGUUUAGAUGGACAAAUCCAUUGUUGGAAACUGCCAAACUCAAACAUUGAUCCAUACGAUAGCUACGAUCCUACCGUAUUGCGAAACACAUUCGAGGGACAUUGCGAUGCGAUUUGGGGCCUCUCAGUGAAUCAUACAAAAGGACAUUUGGUGUCUUGCUCUGCAGAUGGUACAGUGAAAUUGUGGUCACCGGACGUGAAAGUUCCCCUACUCAACACAUACUCAUCAGAAUUGGAGGGCGUACCAACAUCAGUUGAUUUCGUACGCGACGAGCUUGAUCGAAUUGUGGUCGCUUACAAUAGUGCGCAUUGCAUAAUUUAUGAUACAGAAACCGGUAAGCAAGUGGUUAAAUUAGAACAUACGAAGGAAAUGUCGGGUAACUUUGGUAAAUUCAUCAACAAAGUAAUUAGUCAUCCAACGUUACCGGUCACUAUAACUGCCCACGAAGAUCGCCACAUUCGUUUCUGGGAUAACACAAGUGGAAAAUUAGUUCAUUCAAUGGUAGCGCAUUUAGAGCCUGUAACUAGUUUGGCAAUAGAUGCUCACGGGUUGUAUCUGUUGUCCGGCUCACACGACUGUUCAAUACGUUUAUGGAAUCUAGAUAAUAAAACAUGUGUACAAGAGAUUACAGCGCAUCGUAAAAAAUUUGAUGAAAGCAUAUUUGAUGUUGCGUUCCAUCCGUCGAAACCAUAUAUAGCGAGCGCUGGGGCCGAUGGCUUAGCAAAAGUGUUUGUUUAAAAUAUUAAGUUAUAUAAACGUAUGGAAAAAAAAAUAAAAUGAACACAAUUAAAAAUUAUUUUAUGUCACUCUUAUGUUAGAACAUCGGGAGGGACGAAACAUACUUUAAUCAACACACAUUUCGAAUUAUCUCUUUAUUUCCGUCUUGGAUUUCUUACCAUUUGGUUCACUCUUCUCAAAAAAUAGAAUAAACCGCUUUUUUUAUCUGAUAUACGAAAUGAAACAUUUUGAAUAAGCAUUAAAUACGAAAUAAUUUUCAUAUACUUUUUCAUUAGAAACAAUAUAUAUUUUUAAAUUGUAACAAAAUGAGAAGCGAGUAUUUAAGAAUAAACGCAUGUUAUACAAUACGUUAACAGUAUAAAUAAAUAAAUAUGCCGAAAAUGUAAAAAAAAACCAAAAUUUGAAACUUAACAAGAGAAUGCAGACUAGCAAAAAUUUACAAAGCGACAAAAUCAUAGAACACAUUCACGCUUUACCUUUACUGAUGUUGGACAAGCAGCAGGAUGAAAUGAUUUUAGCCAACAUGAAAACGGAUAGUACAGCAACCGCAAAUCGAAAAAAAAUAUUAGUAGAGCAUCAGCAAAAACAGAAUAAGUAAAAUAAGAAGAUACGAUAGCGAAUAUUGUUAAAAUAUUGAACGAAAUACAGAAGCAACAAUACAUAACGGAUAAGAAAAAAAAAGAAAAACAAUGUUAUAGUAUAUAGUAAAUUAUAUUACAUAUAUAUUCCUGACAA